AAUUUCUUUAAUACUUUCCUACAAUUAUUUUGGAAUACAUUAUUAAACUACAUAGUGACCAUGUGAUUCAUAUAUUGAGAGAAAGCUUUGAAAAUAAGUGUUAUGGAAAACAUCAGUCAUGUAUAUCUUUUGUGCGAUUAUUGCUUUUUGCUUUUUACGUGAAAGUUGCACAUUGUAUACCGAUAAAACAGAUUCGGUAUCAGUAAUAAAGGGUAACUCAACACCAGAGCGAAAAGGAUGGAAUAUAAAUCUUAAUAUUUAUUUUACAAAGACACUUCCGUCUAUCAUACGAAAACCAUCAGGUGCGGACGUCAGACUCAGGUGUGAAGCUAUAAUGAAUUUCACAAAAGUGGAGACUUUCACCAAAUACAAAGAAGGAAUCGAGACAUCGCUAAAAGAAGCCCCUCCAGAUUACAUACAACAAAGACUUAUGAAAAAUUUAAAAGCUUAUUGGCUCAAAGAUAAUAGAAUGCUCUCAAAAAAUGAAAGGAUUAAUAUUUCUACAAUAAUAGAUAAAACAAAUGGCACAAUAGGAACAAGUAUUAAAUUGAAGAACAUAGAUUUGCCUGAUGAAGGUAACUAUUCCUGUGUUAUAAAACAAAACCAUGAGAAAAAAUUAACCACAAAAUUGGAAAUCAAAAAGAAAUUGAUAGAUGUCGAAAACUAUGAACUACCUACUUUCACACCUUUAUUUUCCAAUAUAGGGGUAAGUGAUGAAAUUGAAAUAAAUAUUAAAACUACUCCAGAACUGAAAUUUGAAGAUAUGACUGUUGAUAGCAGCUUAAAGCCCCAAAAUGUAUCUAUCACUCGCAAGCUCGAGCCUUUGUGUCAAAAAUAUGUUGGUAUUGAAUGCAGUGACCAUUUGAAAGACAAAUAUGUGUACAUCCCUUAUGACACAACUCAGGCCAUUCUAGAAGACAAACUUUCUAAAGCCAUAAAAGUUACGCAGUUUUCAAAAGACAUAAGUUCACAUUGUGAAGGUUAUGCAGUGCCAAGUCUCUGUUACUCAACAUUUCCAAUCUGUAGAGACCCUGAAACUAUUAAUCAAAAUUUCUAUAAGGAAGCAAGAAGACUGUUAAACAUACCAAAUGAUCAUGUAGAUAAUUUGCCAGAUAUAUUAUUUGAGAAUUUACCUAAGGAUUUUGCAUUGAAUGCAAAAUCUAGUAAGAAUUCAACAUCCAAUAUCUUCAAUUAUCGCUAUAACUCAACAGUACUUAGAAGAGUUUGUAAACAAGACUGUGAAAUAUUAGAAAAUGAGUUGUGUCAAACUGAAUAUGCCAUUGCUAAAAGACAUCCUCACAUAGGUCAACAAUUGACACUGGAGGAGUGCCAAGACUUGCCAGAAGAUGACCCUGAUUGCUUGAAAAUUGACAUAGGCACUAUGAUGGUGUCAGAUGAUGAAUGCUACUGGGAAGAUGGCAGUGGAUACUUAGGAAGAGUGAAUGUAGCUAGUAAUGGAAUGCCUUGUGUAGAGUGGUCCAUGCAGCUCCGUGUAAAACCUUCUGAUUACCCUGAACUUACAGGAAGACAUAGUUACUGCAGAAACCCAGGUAGUCUCAAUACUCAACCAUGGUGUGUUGUUGAAAAAGAUGGAAAAACAGAAAUACAUAUCUGUGACAUACCCAAAUGUGCACAUAAAAUAUGGAUAUACAUUUUAGUUAUAUUUUUACUUGUGACACUGAUUAUUAUUGGAUUAGUUGCCUGUCUCUGCUAUAGACAUAAAAAUAAAGGGAAUGCAGCAACAAUACGAGAUAUAAAUCUACCAAAUGCUGAUAAGAAUAUUUAUGGUAACUCAAGAUUAAAUUCUCCAAUUGAAAUGAAUGAGCUAUUGACUAAUCAAAAUAUAAACAAUCAGCCACAUUUAUGUAGAAGUGUGAGAGGAAAUGGCAUACUUCGUGUUCCUCAAUAUUCUUUAUCGCAAAUUAAGUUUUUGGAAGAACUUGGUGAAGGAGCGUUUGGUAAAGUUUAUAAAGGAGCCUUGAAGAACAAUGGAGAAACUCAGUAUGUUGCUGUAAAGGCUUUAAAGGAAAAUGCUUCAGCAAAGACUCAAGCUGACUUUAGACGUGAAAUUGAUUUGAUUUCGGAGCUCAGCCAUGAGAAUAUUGUGUGUAUAGUUGGUGUAGCGCUUAGAGAAGAACCGUUAUGUAUGUUAUUUGAGUUUAUGGCAAGAGGGGAUCUUCAUGAAUUUCUUAUGGGCCGAGCUCCACCUUCGGGAAAAGGAUUGCCACCUAUGAGAUUGCUAAAUAUUGCAUUUAAUAUUGCAUCAGGCAUGCAAUAUCUUGCCUCACAUCACUAUGUCCAUAGGGAUUUAGCUGCUAGGAAUUGUUUGGUAUCAGAUGAUUUUAUAGUAAAAAUAUCCGAUUUUGGUCUUUCCAGGGAUAUUUACAGUUCAGAUUAUUACAGAGUACAAUCUAAAAGUCUCUUGCCAGUUAGAUGGAUGCCGCCAGAAUCAAUAUUGUAUGGUAAAUUUACAACAGAAAGUGAUAUUUGGUCUUACGGAGUAGUGUUAUGGGAAAUAUAUAGCUAUGGCCUCCAGCCUUAUUAUGGGUACAGCAACCAGGAGGUGAUAUCUAUGGUGCGUGGCGGGGAACUGCUCGCUGCUCCCACUAACUGCCCGCCGCAAAUGUACGCACUUAUGCGGGAGUGUUGGAAACAUACGCCACAACGAAGACCCAAUUUUGAAGAUAUUGUUAACAGAUUACAAGAAUGGAUACAAGUUGGUGGUUGUCCGGAGAUUGGUCCUUCGGAAGGUACAUCUUGUGCCCAUAGACCGACCACAUCAACAAAGGAUCAACAAGAACGGGCGCCUCUCUUACCACCACAUUGUUCCUCUUCCAAUGGUUCCCUAGCAACUGGGAGCUUAAAAAAAUUCAGUGCAGCAAGUUCCAGUACCAAGGUAACAGAUGAUAAUCGAUCAACUUGCAGUGAAGUACCACGUUUAGCACCCAAGUCAAAGAAACAUAGCUCGGGUUCUCUCAUAGAUGGGGAUAAGGUUGGUACUAGAGACACAAUUGUUAGGAUACCCAACACUCAUUAUAGUAAUGAUAUUUAAUGCAGUAUUUAACUUCUUAACACAUUUACUGCCAACAAGUUCACAUUUGUGACUCGAAGUGGCAUUUAAUGUGUUAUUAUGGAUAUAGGAUAUGAAGUUGAUGGUUAUAAAGGAUUAGGGUGAGUGAAGGAAUUAACACUCAUAGUUUUUUAUAUUCUAUUAAAUCAGUUUAUUCUGGA